UUAUACUUCCAUCCUUACUUACCUCUUCACUUUGUUCCCCCACAUCCUUCCAACUCCCUCCUACAUUCUUCCCAUUUUCUCUCUUCUUUUUCAUUUUAACACACCCAACAUUUUCUACGCUUCUAAUCAACCCUUUCACUUCCCUCUAAUGGAUGCAAAAGCUAAAUCUUGUGUGGAACCUUUGAAGUACCAGACAUGGUUCUUGAAAGUUUCUAUCCACUGUGAAGGUUGCAGAAAGAAAGUAAAGAAAGUUUUGAAGCGCAUUGAUGGUGUUUUCACUGCAACCAUCGAUUCACAACAGCAUAAAGUAACAGUUACCGGAAAUGUUAGUGUUGAGACGCUUUUAAGGAAGUUGGUCAGAGCUGGAAAACCCGCCGAGAUUUGGCCGGAGAAUGUCGACGGUAAGGGGAAAAACUCCGGCAAAGAGAAGAAGAAGAAGAAUGAGAAUGAAAAUGAAGCAAAAGAAACACAAAGCUUGCAAAACAAGGGAACUGAAAGUGAAAGCAAAAACAAGAACAAAAACUCAAAAGCCAGUGCCGGUGAGUCGCCGGUAAAGUCUCCGGCGAACAGCAACGUUGCUCCGGGAGGUGAUGGAGGGGGUUCUGAUAGUAAUAAGAAGAAGAAAAAGAAAGAUGGGUGUGGUGGAAAUGGAAAUGGAAACAAUGGUUUGAGCACAGUAGCUAAGAGUGGACCAUCACACACUGGAUUCCAAUUUCAGAAUCUUGAUCAAGGUAUGGCUCACCAAGUGAAUCUCAGCCCUACACGUCAGCAAUCAUUUUUCUAUCCAUCAGAAACAUGUUACCCUCCCAUGGCUUAUGUGUCAUCAGCUUACAAUAUGUUAUAUCCUAUGGGAAGAGGUUGUGAUCCUUCUUAUUAUGUUCCAUCUCUACCCUACACGUGUCCUCCUAGCCUUGUUGAUUGAUAUGGUGCUUAUCAACUUCAAUCAGCACCGUCGGUUUCUUUUGAGUUUUUUAGUGAUGAAAAUGCUAAUGGAUGUUGCAUUAUGUGAAAGGUUUGUGAAGAGAAUGUUGAACUUUCUUUUUAGGUUAGGUUUUAUGGGGCUCUAGGUAGUUUUUCAAUGAUAGGUUGAAGGGCUGUUUUAUAAGGCAAUAUAUAGUGUUCUCUCCUUUGUUUUGUAAGAGCCUUAUAAGGCUUGUUUUUGUACUUUAGGCAUCUCAAAGUUGAAGUGAUAAGUUUUUGCUUUAUUAUUGUUAUGAAUCAAAUAGUUUUAUGGACUUAAUAUGACACCUUUUAGAGAACUUAAAGUAUACAU